UUCCUAGCGCUUCCUCUGUACGUAUGAAAGCAGUCAACUCUAAUUCUCCCUUUGGAUUAUAAGUGUGAGAUUGGUUCCCCAAUAAGAAUAUAGGUGUAAUUUCUUUUUUACCUAUCCUUAUACAACUUCAUUGAGGUGAUGAACACUCAAUUUGGAUUCUGAUGCUGUGAAUAGAUAUAUUAAACAGAUGGCUAAAUGGAUGGAGAGAUCGUGUGAAUGUGAGAACCUGCAAAUUCUGAACAGAUGCUGCAGGCUAAAGGGAAAUAAAGAUAUACAAAUCACUGCAUACACAGGAGACUCAGUACUGCUGCCCUGCUCCUGCACUGACCUCCACACCAAACCUCAAAUAUUCACAUGGAGCAAAUAUGAUAAAAAGGAUAAAUGGAUAAAGAUAUCUCCUGAGAGUGAUCAGUACACCAACAAAUUUCAGCUGGUUAAUGAGUCUUCAGGAUAUUCUCUAUUCAUAUCACACGUGACUGGAAACGAUGAUGGAUACUACAUGUGUAUGAAUGAAGUGGGUGAAAUCAGGUAUAUAAGACUCAUCGUUGAAGGUUGUAAACUGACUGAAAAAUUAGUGUAUGUGACUGGGUAUGUGGGACAGUCUGUCCUUUUGCCAUGCUCCUGCUCUGACCUGCAAGCCAAACCCCACACUUUCACAUGGUUAUUUUAUAAGGAUUUUCAAUAUAAAGAAAUCUACCCAAAGGACCAGACAAAUCUGUACACAGGCAGAGUUCAGCUUAUUAAUGAUCAUCCAGGAAAUCUAUCUUUACUGAUAUCACAGCUGACUUUAAAGGAUGAAGGGUAUUACAGAUGUGAGAUAAGGAAAAUCAUUACAGAUGUUCCACUUGUAGUAAAAGAUGCCCCAAUAUGGCCUUUAACAUCCACACCCAUUAUCACAACAACUAAUUCCACAUCAGAGUCUCUUCCCUUCAUCCCCUUCGCUGUGGUGACUGCGAUCUUCCUGCACAUUAUCGUGGCUGUGGUCUACUGCUCCACCAGAAAGAAAGGUCUAAAAAACAGUUUACUACAGCAAAGGUAAUCGAGAUGGAACAGUGCGUCUGCAGUAGAGCAGGAGAUCAACUGAAGAUCAUACAUGGAAGAGACCCUGCAGAACUGAUUAGCAGAUGAGACAGCAACUAAUACACCAACAUAUAAUAUUUUAUUUCUAACUGAAAGACAUACGGUUUGGAUGUUUCCUUUCUGUAUGCUACUAAAAAAUGACCCUCUCCUGCAUGAUGUCGGUACCAGGGUUGAACGCUUUUAUCGCUCUUUGUUGCCACUUUGUGGAAUAACACAGCUAGUGUUUCGAAUCUUUUGCACUUAAUCAGGACUAAUCACAGGCUGUGGAAUGUAUUAAAACAUAUUAGGCUUAAUGUAUUGUGUUUCACUCCAAAAAUAUUUUUUUUGUAAUUAUUUUACACUAAUCCUGCUGUUUAAUUUUUCUAUUGUAUUUGAUUAGAUUUAACUGUAGACAGACUUGUUUUUAUUCACUUCGGCCCUGCAUUCUUAAUCAGAACUGGUGUAUUUUGGUGUAUUUCUGUAUAUUUGUUUGUACUUUUUAUGCACAUACAGUACAUUACAUGUCAUUAUUUUUAGGAUUUGAGGGAUCCUGUUUCCUCUGUUUGGUUCUUAUUGCUUUCACUUGUGCCUCAUUAGCAUCUGUUUGGCAAAAUAGGGACACUGGGACAAAAUGGUUACAUCUGGUGGAAAUAAAAACUGGAAAGAUGAAAAAAAAAGAAAGGCUAUAGACUUAGCAGGAUCCCUCAGAUCCUUACUGAUUUAUUUAUAGAUUGUUCACCUUUUACCCGUUCAGUAGCAACUCAUACUACAUUCAAAUAACAACUGGAGCCAGGAUCUAGUUUUAAAAAUAAAAAUUCUUUACUUUUGAA